AUGCCGCUGUAGCCAUUCACCCUGCAGUCCCGUAUUGCUGGAGUGAACAUGGCGGCGUUACGUGUUGUUGUAGCUUUAAGCGGUGGCCGGGCUGCUCGGCAUGUGUUGAAGUGUCCUCUGGGUAGCAUGCGAGCCCCGGUCAGAACGGCUGCACACUUCACCUUCCAACCGGACCCGGAACCUACCGAGUAUGGAGCAACACAGAAGAUGAAUCUCUUUCAGUCCAUACAGAAUGCUUUAGAUAAUACACUGGCAAAGGAUCCAACCGCAGUAAUAUUUGGAGAGGAUGUUGCUUUUGGAGGCGUCUUUCGAUGUACUGUUGGGCUGCGAGAUAAAUAUGGUAAAGACAGAGUUUUUAACACACCCUUGUGUGAACAGGGUAUUGUUGGAUUUGGCAUUGGUGUCGCAGUUACUGGCGCAACCUCUAUUGCAGAGAUCCAGUUUGCAGACUACAUAUUUCCAGCAUUCGAUCAGAUUGUAAAUGAAGCUGCGAAGUACCGGUACCGAUCGGGCGAUCUGUUUAACUGUGGCAGUCUGACGAUCAGAGCUCCGUGGGGCUGCGUGGGGCAUGGCGCAUUAUACCAUUCCCAAAGUCCUGAAGCAUUCUUUGCUCACUGCCCUGGGAUAAAGGUGGUUGUUCCUAGAAGUCCAGUUCAGGCAAAAGGAUUACUGCUCUCUUGUAUAGAAGAUAAAAACCCAUGCAUUUUCUUUGAACCCAAGAUACUAUAUAGAGCAGCAGUGGAACAGGUCCCUGUAGAGCCUUAUUACCUUCCAUUAUCUCAGGCCGAGAUCCUGCAGGAAGGAAGCGAUGUUACUCUGCUUUCCUGGGGUACACAGGUUCAUGUUAUACGUGAAGUUGCAAGUAUGGCACAAGAAAAGCUUGGCUUGUCCUGUGAAGUGAUCGAUUUGAGAACUAUUUUGCCAUGGGACAUAGAAACAGUUUGCAAGUCUGUGACGAAGACCGGACGAUUAUUAAUCAGUCAUGAAGCUCCGGUGACAGGAGGCUUCGCAUCUGAAAUUAGUUCUACUGUACAAGAAGAGUGCUUCUUGAAUCUUGAAGCUCCAAUAGCCAGAGUCUGUGGCUAUGACACCCCAUUCCCUCACAUUUUCGAACCUUUCUAUAUUCCUGACAAGUGGAAAUGCUUUGACGCACUACGAAAAAUGAUAAACUACUGAUUGGGGGAUGGUUUUCUAAAACUUAAAAGCACAUGAAGAC